GCUCCUCCGCAGCGGUGUGACACGAUCAGAGAGGAGGAGGAGGAGGAGAGAGAGAGUAAGCAGAGGGUAAUCAGUCGGUCCAGCACUCAGAGGCAGCAUCAUGGCACCUAUCGGAUUAAAGGCGGUGGUCGGCGAAAAGAUUAUGAACGAUGUUAUCAAGAAGGUGAAGAAGAAGGGAGAGUGGAAGGCUCUGAUUGUGGACCAGCUGAGCAUGAGGAUGUUGUCAUCCUGCUGCAAGAUGACAGACAUCAUGACAGAGGGCAUCACCAUUGUGGAGGACAUCAUGAAACGACGAGAGCCACUGCCGAGCCUGGAGGCCAUUUACCUGAUUACACCCACAGAGAAGUCUGUCCACACCGUCAUUGCAGACUUCAAAGACCCUCAUUCAUCUAAAUACAAGGCAGCCCAUGUUUUCUUCACUGACUCCUGCCCCGAUCCUCUCUUUAAUGAGCUGGUGAAGAGCCGGGCUUCCAAAGUCGUCAAGACUCUGACGGAGAUCAACAUCGCCUUCUUGCCCUACGAGUCUCAGGUGUAUUCUCUGGACAAUCCAGAUGCCUUUCACAGUUUCUACAGCCCUCAUAAGACCCAGCUGAAGAACCCAGUGAUGGAGAGGCUGGCCGAGCAGCUGGCGACGCUCUGUGCCACCCUGAAAGAGUAUCCUGCUGUCAGAUACCGAGGGGAGUACAAGGACAACGCCACCCUGGCCCAGCUGGUUCAGGACAAACUUGAUGCAUACAAGGCUGAUGACCCCACCAUGGGAGAGGGUCCGGAUAAGGCUCGCUCACAGCUGAUCAUUCUGGAUAGGGGAUUUGACCCCGUCUCACCUGUCCUGCACGAGCUCACCUUUCAGGCUAUGGGCUACGACCUGCUGCCCAUUGAAAAUGACGUCUACAAAUAUGAGACCAGCGGCAUCGGAGACUCACGUGAGAAAGAGGUCCUUCUGCAUGAAGACGAUGACCUGUGGGUGAGCCUGAGACACAAACACAUAGCCGAGGUGUCCCAGGAAGUGACACGCCAGCUGAAAGACUUUUCUUCCAGCAAGAGGAUGAACACCGGAGAGAAGACCACGAUGAGGGAUCUCUCCCAGAUGCUGAAGAAGAUGCCUCAGUACCAGAAGGAGCUCAGCAAGUACUCCACUCACCUGCAGCUGGCUGAGGAUUGCAUGAAACAUUACCAGGGAACAGUGGACAAACUUUGCCGUGUGGAACAGGAUCUGGCUAUGGGCACAGAUGCUGAGGGAGAGAAGAUCAAAGAUCCCAUGAGGGCCAUUGUGCCCAUACUGCUGGAUGCCAAUGUCAGCACAUAUGACAAGAUCCGCAUCAUCCUGCUUUACAUUUUCCUUAAGAACGGCAUUACGGAGGAGAACCUGAACAAGCUGAUCCAGCAUGCUCAGAUUCCCCCCGAGGACAGUGAGAUCAUCACCAACAUGGGUCACCUGGGCGUCCCCAUCAUCACAGAUUCCACCCUCCGCAGAGGGAAAAAGGUCGACAGGAAGGAGCGUGUGAGCGAGCAGACCUAUCAGCUGUCCCGCUGGACACCACUGAUCAAGGACAUCAUGGAGGUUGCACGGUACGGCCACUGGCACAAGAACAAGACACCCGGAGAAUACCGCACUGGGCCACGUGUCAUGGUAUUCAUUAUCGGCGGCGUGUCUUUCAGCGAAAUGCGCUGCGCCUAUGAGGUCACACAGGCCAAUGGGAAGUGGGAAGCCAUCAUUGGAUCGACCCACAUCUUCACUCCCACCAGCCUGCUGGAGCAGCUCAAGGCCAUGAACAAACCAGACGAGGAAGUGACGAGCUAAAAAUCCUCCAAUCAGUCUCUCUCCUCUUAACCUUACUCCCACCCCCUUACAUCAUUCCCCCCACAUCAUUCCCAACCAAAUCCUACACAUUAACUGUGUAUGCAUCUUGCUUGAGAAGAGAAAAAAUUUAGACAGUUAAAAAAAAAAAGAGAGAUACGUUAUAUCAAAGAAUAAAAUUGUUGCAAGUAUUCUCAUAUUUUACAAUGGAUGCAACUAAAUAAACGUAUUUAAAAUUGAUUAAAUAUCAGAAAAGAAGGCCAUUUAAAAUUGAAAUGACCAAAAUGUAAUAUUGUACGCUAUGAAACCUGCUAGGAUGUGUAAAAGGUAGAUGAUUUCUCUUGUUCGUUUCUUUUGGUUACCUCCAUGGUGUGACUUUUACCGUUAGCAGAUAGAGGAGGGAUGUGCAGCCUGAGGGGUUCAUAUUGUAAAAAAUAUAUCAGUCACCAUGCAAUAUAUGCAUAGAUAUAUUUCAUCAGAGAGGAGUCUGUCCUAUCACCCUUCCCUUACCCAUUUGAGAUGUUCGUAUUCAGUAGCAUGCUUGGACUGUGUUUGUAUCCAGUGUGGAUGUUCAGAGAGCCGCAUGUAAAUGUUGUGGUUGAAUAUGGCGCUGAAAAAACCUUUUUGUUUUGAGCAUCACAAAAAGGAAACUAUUCUUCAAGGAUUUUUAAGAGUUUAAGAGACAAUUUCACUGGCCGCUUUAUUAGGGAUACCUUUGUCACUGCUUAUUAACACAAAUGUAUUGCUAGUAGGUCACAUGGCAGAAGCUUGAUGCAUGUAGGCAUGGUCAAGACGGCCUGCUGAAAUUCUGGCAGCAAAAGGGGUCCAAACCUGUGUCAGCAAGGUGUAACUAAUGAAGUGGCCGCUGAGUUUGUAUGCUCAAGUAAACUUGUUCCCAGCUACUGAGCUUACAGGCUAGCAGAGAAGAAAGCAGAAAGUGUUCAGGGAUGUAUUGAUUUUUGAGUUUUUGAUACUCAAAACAAGAUCUGUUGGUUUCAAGUAUUCAUUUUAAGAGCUCCACUUAGUCAGUCGGAAAAGAGGGAGCUCUGUUAAAAGCCAGAAUCAUCCCUCCUCCAGCUGCCGAGACUGUAAAGUAUUUACUUGCCACAAUCUUUUUCCUUUCUUCUGCAGAGACGUCACGUUUCAAUGUCAAAAAGGCCGUUGCUUGCUGAUAUUUAAUAAAUAAUCCUCCAAAAAGGGCCAGUUGUAUUUCAGUAUUGUAUCCUGUCAGAUUAAGUCUUAUCAUUGGUUAGUAACGAUGUUUAAUUGGGCCAUGCACUGAGUAGUGUUGUGUAUAUGCUAUAUGUUGCUGUUUUAGCGUCUCACUGUUGAAUGGUGAUUUUUCUGACUGUGAAGUAGUGACUUUUCCUUUGACGAAAAAACAAAACAAAAAAAAAAAGCCAACGUGAAGCCGCCGUGUUUGUGGUGUUUUAGCUGUAGCUGUUUAGUGGUCCACUGGGAAAAAGAACUAAGAUCUAUAUUUUCUUUGUCUGUUUUCCUCCUCUGGUGCAAUGUAAAACCCUCCAAUGGUGAAUGGCUUUGCAAGUUUAAAAAACAAAACAAAGAAAAACCCUGGAAACCCCUCGCCACUUUUCUUUCCUCCUUCUAUUGCCUCUUUCCUGGCCAAACAGUUGUAUAUUGCACUAUGAUGCGUUUUCUGUGAUGCAAACGCUUGUGUUUAUUUUUUCUUUUCUAUUAUAAUUUGCUGUUGUAUAGGGUUUACGCUGUCAAAUCAGUUGAUUUAUAUCAAAAUUAUUUAUCAGAGAAGAUAAUAUUGAAACAUUAGUCUGUCCUAAAAACUGUUUAACUUAUUGGGAUUGUAUGUUUGCGAGUGUUGAAGCACAAACAAUACUUCCAUGUGUACCUAAUAUGUACUAAGGUUGUCUAAUAAAUUGGCUUCCAUUAUACUGAAA